CGGUCGGAGUGGCAGCGGCUUACUCGAUCUUACUUGGCCUUACUAGAGCUUGCUCGAGCUUACUAGGCUUACUUGCCUCAAGGGCUGAAACAGCGUGUGCAGGGCGUUUGCAAACUAAAUUGAAGGUUCCAGACAGCCAGCAAAACUGCAUAAUAUUCAUACUAUGCAUUGCCAAAGACCACAGGAAUAAUGAGCACGCAUGUGCGAGGAGGACUAGGGACAAAGCUAGGAAUUCAACCCCAAAUCUGCGCCGAGUUGGGGUCUGGCAACUCAGGUUCAUUUGGUUUUGCUUCCAGACAACUUCAUUUUCAUUCAUUUGUGACAAGGUCAUGGGAUUCAAUGCCGACGCUCAUCCCAUACCGAGUGCUGAAAUGCAUCACCUGCCUCGCUAAACAUGCAAAACAUCUCGUCCUCUGACAGCCAUAAAGCUACGCAUCAGGGCUCCGCCGCUCAAACGCCUUGAGCCCUUGCUUGCCGCUAUCCGGGUGGCAUGGGUUGUCUUCUUUAAACCCUUCCGAGCGGCGUAGGCCACGCUAGACACCGUUCCAUGGACAACCGGGAGCAUCAGCGGGAGCAGCUGCGCGCAGCCCUGCAAGCCCGCGGAGCUGACCUGACGUGCAUCGGGAAUGUUGUUCUGGACAGCUUGUGGGACAACGGCUACAGCAACGCGCGUGCUCUGCAGGAGGCCACCAGGGAAGGCCUCAAAGCUGCUGGGCUGAAGCCUGCCCUUAUUGACCAGAUCCUAACGCUGGAAGCCUCGGCGUCUAGCCUGGACGUGGGGAGCGCGACAGCAGCUGGUGGCGUGCUACUUGCUGAUGCUGGUACCGUUGAGGCUUUCGAACAACAGCUGAAGAUGAAAGUGGCGGAGGCGACGCGUGCAAUAAGACUGGAGGCGGUGAAGAUGACGGCGGCGGCGGCGGCGGCGAUGACGAAGAUGACACAGCAGGUGGUCACGCAGGGCAUGGGCCUGGCAAAGACAGUGACGGUGACUGCAUCUCAUUGCUCUUCGAACCAACGCAAGCAAAUCGAGCACAUGGUCACCUCCCAAUUCUCCUACCACAGCUGCUGCACUGCGCCGUGCUGCCUAAAGGACCCGUUUCCGAGUGUCAGCGUGUCGGAGGGCAUGGACUGGAGCAGGUUCGGCAACCAGGAGAGGAACGCCACAGAGUGGGGCCGCGACUGGCUGGAGAAGAACCUUGCACCCCCUGGCGUGGUGGUGCUGGUCGCAUCGGAUGCUCGUUGGCUCGACUGCAUGGUAGAGUUUCCGGGGGGUCGUGUGAAGAUAGGGCCAUCAGCAACGGACUACAUCUUCGUACGGAAGGAGGCCUGGGAGAAAUGCUGGGAGAACCAGGGGGCUGAGAGCCACAUGGAGGCGGCUGCCGGGAGCGGCACAGGCAUGGCGUGCAGCCUCUCGAAGGAGGCGGUGUUGAGUCUGGCAGGCUCCAUCUUGGCCUUGUAUGAGGCCAAGACCGAUGCCGGCUUAAGGAAGCUGGGCAGUGUGCGGGGCCAAGCGCUACUGCAGUACCUGGCCAUCAACUACAUGAAGAACUGGCCCGCACGCGAUGUUAUCGUCAUUUACGGCGACUUCAACGACAACUACACCAUCCACGCUGGCCGCCAGGACUCUGGAGCGCGCAUGUGGUCGCUGCAUGUAGCGGGCCCACCAAGUGCUGUGCCCGAACACGGCCUGGGCUUUGCCGCCGCCAGCAGCAGCGGCAGCAGCAGUCCUUGCAGCGUGAAUGCAGGCUUCAUCCGUGCCUUGAUGAGCACGCCCCGGACUGUUGAGACCAGCGCCCGCGCAGCAGGUGAGGCUGCCGGCGCCGGAGGGGCUGGCGGCGGUGGCGGAGCUGCAGGGCCCGGCGGCGGCGGCGGCGGCGGCAGGCUUGGAGACAUUGGCGGCAGUGGCGACAGCACUCCGGCCGUCAGCAGCAGCGGUGGAGGGGGCCGCAGCGGGUCCAGUAGUGGGGAGGACGAGGGCGGCUUUGACGGUGACGAGGGGUUGCUGGAGGCGGCCGGCGACAACUACUUCGCGCAGGCGUUCAUGUCGGUUCUGCGCCGGCCUGAGGUGUACCGGGGUGUGCUGCAGCAGGACGCACCGCCCACCGCCUUCCAGCCGCCCACCCGGGAGGAGCUCCUGGAUGGCUUCGCGGACGUGCUUGUGAAGGCGAGGCUGCAGCAGCUGGCUGACGAGCGGCGGCUGUAGCUGGCGCCCGGCCCCCGCACCUAUCAGGUGGCGGCGGCGGCGGCGCACGAGGGCCGUGCGGGCGGCCUGUGGCGGCGACAGUAGCGAGCUCCUCACGGUGUGUAUGUGCAUGUGGCCGAGGGAGAAGUUUAUGAGGAAGGCGUGGGGGCUUGGUGCUGUCCUAUCGGGGCUGCUGAUUUGGGUGGGGUUGGACGGUGUGGGGGCGUGUCAGUGCGGCUGCUGCAUACAGCACGUCUGGCGCGCUCGUGAUACGGGCGCGCCCGGGGUAGUGGGGUAGUGUCCUUGGUGAUGCUGUGCAUGCGCUAGCAGAACUGCAGGAGCUUGUUGAAGGCUGACUUGACCAGCAACUCUCGGGGCCUUGAAACUCAACCGUCAUGGACUGAAGUGAUAACGACGAACUUCUUAUCGUGUCAAUCUGUAUGGUAGUACGGUACCGGUAUCCAGGACUCGCAGGCGGCUCGCUGACUGAUGCUGUGAAGGAAUCUGGAUUUUGGACGAGCGGUGUAGCGGCAUGGCUGUGUGGCUUGUGACCCGGAGUGUCAUGUUUGGUGUACGCAUUGCACUUGCCACUGUUGUUGGCUGAGCUGUGGUGAGGUUCUUGCGGCGUGUCGCCAAGGACACGGUGAUGAUAUGAGUCAUAUGAUGCCAGCUUGCGGCAAGGGAUUGGGAACGUAGAUGGCGCUAGCUCAUUCAUGACACAAACACAUAUAUACUUGACAAAUGGCCGUUCUCUCACCCACGGACCCCAUCAUCUCUGACUGCUGUCACUUUAGCGUACUGUCAUCCAAAACCCGAGCAACACCUGUGCAACUCACCACCGGAGCCUGCUGUCCAUUUCGUUUCUGAGUUGGAUGUGCCCAUUUGUAUU